CCUCCAAUCUGCGUCGUCAGUUCUUAUCAAAAUCCCUCCUGCCUAUUCAUAAUAUCCAAAUUCCCUCCCUUUCACUCUCCCUUUCUAUCCUUCCUUCUUCCUCCACCGUGUUAGCAAUGGCCGCAGCCGCCGCUCUGCAACAAACCCCUAUUACCUUCCAGUCCCGAUCACCAUCCUCCACUCAACUCCGUUCCAGACCCAGUGUCAAAUUCUCCUUCUGUACUGGUGUCAAGUUCCCGAAACUCACAAUCAAGCCCCUCCUCCGUCGCAACCGCAGCGGAGGCGGUGCAUCUGGAGCCAGAAUGGCUGAAUCUGCCGCCGGAAGCUACGCCCUUGCCCUAUCUGAUGUCGCGAAAUCCAACAACACCCUCGAGCAAACCUCUGCCGACAUCGAAAAACUAGAGAAAUUCUUCUCCAAUCCAGAUGUCGUACAAUUCUUCACAAACCCCACCAUAGAUGAUGAAAAGAAGAUCGCAAUAGUCGACGAGAUCGCCGAAUCUUCAAGCCUGCAGCCCCAUGUCGUCAACUUCCUUAACAUUCUCGUUGACAUGAAAAGAAUUGAAUUGAUUAAGGAAAUUGUAAAGGAAUUUGAAGUUAUUUACAACAAAUUAACGGAUACUGAACUUGCAAUUGUCACUUCAGUGGUGAAUCUGGAGCCACAGCAUUUGUCCCAGAUCGCGAAAGAAGUGCAGAAAUUGACUGGCGCAAAGAAUGUGAGAAUCAAAAACGUAAUUGACCCUUCACUGGUGGCUGGAUUCACCAUAAGGUAUGGAAGUUCUGGGUCCAAAUUGAUUGACAUGAGUGUGAAGACGCAGCUUGAAGAAAUUGCUGCUCAGUUGGAGAUUGGGGAUAUUCAAUUAGCUGCUUGAUUUUCCUUUUGAUUUGAAAUUCUUGUGGGUAAUUUUGUUUGUGGAGGACAAAUUAAUGAUAUAGUAUGAUUUGGUUUUAUUAAACUUCAUUGGCCCUUCUUGGAUA